AUGGACGAAGACGAAGAUGAUUUUUAUGAUCCUGCGGACUCUGUGCCGGUAACGCAGUCCCAGAAUGCCGGGCAAAAUGUCCCAACCGAUGCCCAGGCCAACGAGGGCGACGAGGAAGAAAUAGAGGUCGAAGAGGAUGAUGACGAUUUCAACAUUAUUACAGAGGCGCCGCCGGAUGCGCCGCCGGUCGAGGUGUCGCACCCCCGUCAUGCGAACUUACGAGAAUCACAACGUCCGUCGGUAGAUUCGACGCCCAUCCCCAAGCAAGCCACCCCCUCCGUUACUACCCCGAAGGUCGACUCGGUGACCCCAGCGCCCGUCCAGGCCAGGACCCCGGCCGUAGCGCAGAAACCCGGCUCGGCCUACCCGCCUGUUCACGCGUCCACGAUCGACGUCCAUGCGAACCCCAUUCAUCCUAGUACCGGCAAACCGAUUCUACUGACGGAUAUGGAUACGGAUUUCCCGGAGGAUGAUAAGCCGUGGCGACGGCCGGGGUCGGACAUCUCGGAUUACUUCAACUACGGGUUUGACGAGUUCACCUGGGCCAGCUACGUGUUGAAACAACAGGACUUGCGGAAGGAGGUGGGAGACCAACGCAAACAGUUGGACGAUAUGCAGAGUUUCUUGACCAUGGGACUGCCCCCGAUGCCCGGUGGUCCUCAACCGGGGCCCGGCGGUCCUGGCCCCGGCAGCGGGCCACCGCCGAUGCCGGGGAUGCCUGGCAUGCCCGAUAUGCCGCCCGACAUGAUGCAGGGCAUGCUGACGGGGAUGAUGGCGCAGGGGAUGGAUCCCGCCUCCAUGGACCCGAUGACCUUCAUGCAGCAAGCGCAGGCGAUGAUGGGCGGCCAGGGCGGCGGCGGCGGCGGACAGCCCGGACAGCCCGGAUUCGGGGGACCAGGUGGUGGACAACCCCAAAUGGGAUUCGGAGGGGGUGGGGGGUCUUUCCUCCGUAACGUCAAGAACCUCGCUCCCCUUCUGGACCGCGUCCUGGUCCAGCGCGUCAAGCCCGAGACCAAGACCGCCUCCGGCAUCUUCCUGCCCGAGAGCAGCGUCAAGGAGCAGAACGAGGCCAAGGUCCUCGCCGUUGGCCCCGGUGCCAUCAAGGCUGAUGGUCAGCGUCUGCCCAUGGGUGUUGCCGUUGGUGAUCUCGUCCUGAUUCCUCAGUUCGGUGGCAGCUCCAUCAAGGUCGGCGAGGAGGAGUACACUCUCUUCCGUGACUCUGAGAUCCUGGCCAAGCUCAGGGAAUAA